AUGGCGGAGUCGAGGAGAAGUUCGCGGCUGAAAGUUGGUUCCAUUCCCAGUAGUUUUCCGUGGAACAAUUUCCAUGUACCCCCUCAAAGGCUGUCAGCUUUUGAGAGAACUGCCUUGCGACUUGGAGUGGACGUUCGUGUUCAGGAGCAGCAGGAGGUAGAAACUGCACCUAAUGAAUCCAUUCAAGUUGAGGAACAUGAUUACGCGGCACAACCACCUCCAGAGGAAAACCCUUUCCCAGAACUUUGGUUGGGAUACGAGCGACUUCCCCAGCAAAAGAGACGUAAACUAGACAGAAACACAAGUGACACGCAAUCGGAUGAAGUGUGCAGCGAGCCGAAGUUUAAAGAUGCUGCAACACAAUGGGAGGACCUAACAAAAACUGACCACAACUACGCGGCAAAGUUGGACCAGGUGAACAAAUCGACGCAGACUGGGGGUCAGACUGUGGCUGAUGAUAUGCUCCUGGAUGAUGAUACCUCGCUGCUGUACACAGGACUGCGUCUGGUAUAUUUUUUUACUUUGGUGAAAACGAUGUUGCCAUUUAGUAAACCAUCAUGUAGUAUUCCUGUUGUUGACCAAAUACUGAUGACCCUCAUGAAACUUAAACUGAACCUUGCAUUAGGGGAUGUGGCAAAGCGCUUUAAAGUGUCUAAAGGUGAAGUAAGUGAGGUGAUUGCUCACUGGAUUGAUACAUUGGGUGAGCAGCUUGAACCCAUGGUUGCCUGGCUGCCAAGAAGUGUUAUACAUGCUAACAUGCCACCAUCCUUUAGAAAGAACCACCCCCAGACCACUUGCAUCAUCGAUUGUGCUGAAAAGGCUAUUCAGAGAGCAACAAACCUUAACUGUAGUAGUGCCACUUUCAGUCAUUACAAGGGAACCAAUACUGCCAAAUAUCUUGUUGCUGUGUCACCUCAUGGGCUGAUAAUGUUUAUAUCAGAGGCCUAUGCUGGUAAAAGCAGUGACAAGUUUAUCACUAUGAACAGUGGGUUUCUGGAGGCCCUAAGGCCUGGUGAUGAGGUAAUGGCUGACAGGGGUUUCACGAUUCGAGAUGUACUACAUGUAAGGAAGGUGAAAUUGAAUGUUCCUGCCUUUACCCACAAGCGUGGUCAAUUGACCAAUGAGGAGGUAACGCGCACUAGACGAGUGGCCAAUGUCCGUAUACAUGUGGAGAGGGCAAUCCGAAGACUUAAAGUCUUCAAAAUUCUGUCCCAAACUGUCCCCAUCUCCAUGACCCCGCGGUUGGACAAGAUUCUUACCAUAUGUGCUGCUUUAGCAAACAUGAGGUCCAGACUCAUCUGACUCCCA